ACUGAAUUUAUUCGUUCAAGUGUUCCUCAGGAACCUUACAGUUUUUAUAAGUGUGGCGAUGUGUUACCUCUUGGACAGAAAACAUUUGGCAGCAAAUUAGCAGGAAAUCAGCUUAAUUAUACAAACAAUUCCUACUAUAACACAACUGUUUACAGUAGCUAUCAGAAAAGAGCUAAACAAUACCUGCAAUAUUGUAAUUACAAAACAGGGGAGAUUAAUCUUUGCCAGGUUACAUCCAAGCUGCAAAUGUUACUGCUUCAAGAAAAACAAGACUCUCCAGAACUCAGUAUGGGAGCUCUGGGACAGACUCCCGUCAUGUCUGUCUCCACAUCCCCCACCCAAGGGAUGAGUACCUAUUGUGCUAUAUGUGGAGACAGGGCUACAGGAAAACAUUAUGGUGCAUCAAGUUGUGACGGCUGUAAAGGAUUCUUUCGUCGUAGUGUCAGAAAGAACCAUGUUUAUUCCUGUAGAUUUAGUCGGAACUGUGUUGUAGACAAAGAUAAAAGAAAUCAGUGUCGUUACUGCAGAUUACGCAAAUGUUUCCGAGCAGGGAUGAAAAAAGAAGCUGUACAGAAUGAGAGAGACAGAAUCAGUGUUAGAAGAACCAGUUAUGAAGAUACUAGUCAAAACAAUUCACUCUCUGUCAGUACUUUGUUAAAUGCUGAAAUUCUCUCCAGACAGAUCUCCUCCCCAGUUGGACAGUGUGACCUGACACACAAGGUUAUAGCUACUGCUGAUGAUGUGUGUGAAUCUAUCAAACAACAGUUACUUGUCCUUGUAGAAUGGGCAAAAUAUAUACCGUGUUUUUGUGAACUGCCAUUAGAUGAUCAGGUUGCCUUGUUGAGGGCUCAUGCUGGGGAACAUUUGGUCCUGGGUGUUGCCAGACGUUCCAUGGCCGUCAAGGAUGUUUUAUUACUGGGGAAUGAUGGGAUCAUUCCACGGAAUGCUACAGAUAUGGAAAUGGGAACAAUAGCAGCAAGAGUACUGGACGAGUUAGUUGCAGCAUUUAGAGAUAUACAGAUAGAUGACACAGAGUUUGCCUGUAUUAAAGCUAUUGUUUUCUUUGAUCCUGAAGCUAAAGGUCUGACAGAUCCUCAAAAAAUCAAAAGUUUUCGUUACCAAGUACAAGUAAAUCUAGAAGAUUAUAUCAACGAUCGUCAGUAUGACUCAAGAGGCAGAUUUGGGGAGAUUUUAUUACUGUUGCCAGCUUUACAGAGCAUUACCUGGCAAAUGAUUGAACAGAUACAGUUUGCCAAGUUAUUUGGAAUGGCCAGGAUUGAUAGUCUACUCCAAGAAAUGUUAUUAGGUGGUGCAGCUCCUACAGAUAUGUUGACCAAUCCUUCUGUACCAGUGUCAUUAACAUCACAAAUGGGUAACAGUUUUGGGGACCAGUUUGCCAAUCCCUCAGAUGUCAUGUCAGUUUCUCAUGCGCAUGGAGAUCACAUGUCACCACAACAUAGUCAAAGAUCUCCACUUGGAUCAAGUCCUAUCCAUCUCGGUGGAAUGCCACCAUUAGCUAACACACCAACACCACCACUUUGUACAACAGAUCAGUUUUUGAGUGGACAUUCAGUGAUGAGUUCCUUAGACAGUACAUUACAUCUUACGAAUGGACUAAUUGAUACCCCUGUGUCAUCUCCGUCUUUACCUUCCUGUGAAUCAUACAAAAAAUCAUUGACUCCACAACAGAGGUUUAAACAAGAAUCCAUGUAAAUUAUCAUCUAUUAAAAAAAUUAUGUUUUGAUUUAUUUUUUUUAAGUUUUAAUUGUUUGUUAUGUGUGUAUUUUUUUUUUUUUUAUUUUUAAGAAUUAUGUUGAAUAGAGUUGAAUACAAUAUACCAAAUUUGCUAGUGAGAUAAAAUAAUUUAAGAAUUAUAAAGAAUUACUCUUAAGAUAUGUUGUUAAUGUUUUAUUUUAUAAUUUUAAAGAAGAUAUGAAAUUUAGUCUUUUUUUGUUUCUUUCCUUGAAGCAUGUAAUGGUAAAACAAAUUUGAUGAGUUAACAUUUGGAUGUAGUGCAAGUUUCUUGUUUUUUGAUUAAUUAAUUGUAAAUUAUUUUUAAUAUGUUUUUUUUAUGUUUUCAGUCAGAUUAUAUUUGGACUAGACAUACAUAAAAUGAAAUUUUGUCAAAUGUUCUGUAAUGGAAUUGAUUUUCAUGAAUCACUACUGAAUCAGUGUCUAGUCGUAGUUGAGAUUUUGUUGCAUGGACCUGGCAUCAAAAUGGUGCUUUUAAAAAAUUAUGUUGAUUAUUGAAUAGCUGAAAUGAAUGACUUUUAUUCAUCAUUUGUUUAAGAAAUCUCAUACAUAUUUUAAAGUUAAAUAAUAUUAACUUCAUUCAUCAUAGAUAUUAAACAGAUUUGCACAAUGCAAACAUAUAGUUUAUGUUGACAGCUGUAUAUAUAAGAUCUAAGUUUAUGUAAAUAUUUAUACUUGUUAAAAUGAAAUUUUAAUUAUUUCAUGGCAAAAAAGAAAUAUAGAUAUGUUUUCUGCCUCCCUACCUACUGUAAAUUCAGAAAUUAUUGCGUGCAUUUAUUAUUGCGAUUUAUGAAGAAUGGACAAUAAUGCGAGAUUAAUUAUUGCGAUUUCAGGAAAAUCUGCAUACAGAUGCAUGUAUCAGAUAUCAGAAUGCGACUUUUAUUAUUGCAAUACUAACCCAGUCGCACUAUUCGCAUUAAUAAAAACCUCGCAAUAAUUUCCGAAUUUACAGUAUCCUAAAUUUGUAGGCCUACCCUAAAACAUUUUUAUGGAAUUUUUGGUUAAGUACUGUUUAAGUUCAGCAGACAAUUGGUUAUGAGCUGUUAAAGGUCAGAACUUUUUAGUUAAGUACCAAUAUAGAAUUUUUCCCUGUAUUGUCUAUGUGAAAUAUUUAAAAAAAGAAAAAAAAAAUGUUCUGCCAGGAGGCAGGAAAUAUGCAUAUAUUUUUGUUUUGCCUUAUGAUAACUAGUGAUAUGAUUUUCUUUAAAUUCUGUUCCUUAGUCAGGAUUUUAUUUAUUUAGCUUACUAAGUAAGCUGUAUGAAGUGUGAAGUAGUACAUACAUUUAUUUUAACUUUCACAAGUAGAACAUUUUUUAAAAUGAAAAUUUCAUUUUGCCUAUGUAAAAACUGUUCAAAAUUUUUUUUCAUUCAAGGGACCACAAAUGUAUGAUGAGGUACAUUAAUGUAAAAAAUUGUCACCAUGUAUUUUAAGAAUUGACCAAGCUAUACAUUGAUGCUUUAAAGCUUUUCUUCAGCAAUCCUUUUCAUGUAUUUUGUAGCAUUUUAAAUAUCUAAUGGAUGAAAUUUCAAUUAAAAACCUUUGUUCUAUGUGAUAGAGUGAUGUAGAAAUAUUGACUUGCAACUAUAAAAAAGUGCCAUAUUUUUGUAAUAAAGAUAAUUGUGCAUAUGA